GUCUUAUUAUCUUGAUUUGUGUUUACCGAAGACUUCUUUGUUGCAGUCAAUAUCAACGACCUUAUUUGGAUGGCAUUUACCGAAAAGACGACAUUCCCAUCUCUCAUUCUCAGAACUUUUUUAAUAUUAACAGAGCUAUUAACAAAGAAAGAAACCAAAAUGACAAGAACCUGGUCAGUUCUCCCUCACCCACAACCACAAUCCCAACUCUCAUUUGCGACCAGCAGCUUGCCCCUACAAAAGCACCAGCACUCCCUCCUCAGUCCUCACCAUUCACACCACAAUCAACAUUCCAAUUCUCAAAGGUCUUCCACAAUCACAAUCUCUCUCCUCCUACGUAAAAAAUCCCCUGCGUCAGCACCUAUAACGCCCAAAAGAACCAAAACAGGAACUGGUAUUGCUGGAGAGGUUGAGGCAAGAACCGAGUGUUUGAUACCAACGCAUUGGUUCUUCUUCAUCUGGGUAUCAUCGUUUCGUUCCUAGGACGACAAUGGUGUCGAUUGAUCAACGAGUACUUUGGACUUUUUUUGGCUCCGUGUUCGGGUUCUUUCUUCUCUACACUCUCUGUUGCAAUACCAACAAAAGAAAGUUGAAGAACAAGGAUUUCCCAAAAGAAUGCGCCCACAGGAGCUUCACCGACGAAGAAUGCCGUCCCAUGGAUGUCUCUGACGCUGAAGUCAUCAUCGUCGGCGCCGGAGUUGCCGGCUCCGCCCUCGCUUACGCCCUCGGCAGGAACGGAAGACGGGUUCAUGUGAUCGAAAGAGACUUGACAGAGCCCGACCGAAUGGUGGGCGAACUUCUCCAGCCUGGAGGAUACUUGAAAUUAAUUGAAUUGGGCCUUGAAGAUUGCGUUGAAGAAAUUGACGCUCAGCGAGUGCAUGGAUAUGCUCUCUUCAAGGAUGGAAAAAAUGCUAUAUUGUCGUAUCCUCUGGAGAAAUUUCACUCAAACGUGGCUGGAAGAAGCUUCCACAAUGGGCGUUUUAUACAAAGGAUGAGAGAAAAAGCAGCUACUCUUCUGAACGUGCGAUUACAACAAGGUACAGUAACAUCCCUCCUUGAAGAAGACGGUACUGUUAGGGGGAUUCAGUACAAAACUAAGGAUGGUCAAGAACAUAAAGCUUAUGCUCCUCUUACAAUAGUGUGUGAUGGUUGCUUCUCAAAUCUACGUCGCUCUCUAUGUAACCCUAAGGUGGAGGUGCCCUCUUGUUUUAUUGGAUUAGUCUUAGAGAAAUGUCAACUUCCAUUUGCAAAUCAUGGGCAUGUCAUUUCGUCGAACCCUUCACCCAUCUUGUUUUAUCCAAUCAGUAGCACCGAGGUUCGUUGUUUGGUUGAUGUACCUGGUCAGAAAUUGCCUUCUGUUGCCAAUGGUGAAAUGACCAACUAUUUGAAAACAGUGGUGGCUCCACAGGUUCCACCAGAGCUUCGUGAUGACUUCAUAUCUGCAGUGGACAAAGGAAACAUUAGAACUAUGCAAAAUAGAAGCAUGCCAGCGGAUCUGCAUCCUACUCCUGGAGCCCUUUUAAUGGGUGAUGCUUUCAACAUGCGUCAUCCUUUAACUGGCGGUGGAAUGACUGUGGCACUUUCCGACAUUGUCGUACUCCGAGAUCUCCUUAAGCCACUAGAUAACUUGAAUGAUGUUGCUUCAUUGUCCAAAUAUCUUGAAUCCUUUUAUACCUUGCGCAAGCCGGUGGCGUCUACUAUAAAUACUCUGGCUGGUGGCCUCUACAAGGUGUUUUCUGCUUCGCCUGAUCAGGCCCGAAAGGAGAUGCGCCAAGCAUGUUUUGACUAUUUAAGCCUUGGAGGCAUAUUUUCAGCAGGACCGGUGGCUUUACUCUCUGGUCUGAACCCUCGUCCAUUAAGUUUAGUCCUCCACUUCUUUGCAGUGGCUACAUAUGGUGUUGGUCGUCUUCUAUUGCCAUUUCCCUCACCGAAACACAUGUGGAUUGCAGCUAGAUUGAUUUCGUGUGCGUCUGGCAUAAUAUUUCCCAUCAUCAAAGCAGAAGGAGUGAGGCAGGUGUUCCUUCCGGUAACCAUUCCAGCAUAUUAUAGAGCUCCUCCCAUCAAAGAAGGCAUCAAAAGGAGGUGACAAUUGACGAAGAUCAAGUAGCUUCGGUUUUGUACAUUGUGCCAAGCAAAAGGGAAGAUUUAUCAUAAGCAAUCAAACAGAGAAAUUUGCAUUCUAGCUUGAGGUUUCCACUAGAGAACAUUGUACAGUUAGAAAAUGUUGUUAGGAAUCUAUUUUGAAUGAAAAAGUCCCCUAUUUUAACUUC